AUGAGCGGACGAGGAAAAGGAGGAAAGGGUCUCGGUAAAGGAGGCGCUAAGCGUCACCGUAAAGUCCUCCGUGACAACAUCCAGGGAAUCACCAAACCCGCCAUCCGCCGUCUGGCUCGCCGCGGCGGGGUGAAGCGUAUCUCCGGUCUAAUCUACGAGGAGACCCGCGGUGUGCUGAAGGUCUUCCUGGAGAACGUGAUCCGUGAUGCCGUCACCUACACCGAGCACGCAAAGAGGAAGACGGUGACCGCCAUGGAUGUUGUGUACGCGCUCAAGAGACAGGGACGCACCCUGUACGGAUUCGGGGAAGGAAACAUGCCUGAACCCGCCAAGUCCGCGCCCAAGAAGGGCUCCAAGAAAGCCGUGACAAAGACCGCCGGGAAAGGCGGCAAGAAGAGGAGAAAGAGCAGGAAGGAGAGCUACGCCAUCUACGUGUACAAGGUGCUGAAGCAGGUCCACCCCGACACCGGCAUCUCCUCCAAGGCCAUGGGCAUCAUGAACUCGUUCGUCAACGACAUCUUUGAGCGCAUCGGCUCCGAAGCGUCUCGUCUGGCUCACUACAACAAACGCUCCACCAUCACCUCCAGGGAGAUCCAGACCGCCGUGCGCCUCCUGCUGCCCGGGGAGCUGGCCAAGCACGCCGUGUCCGAGGGAACCAAGGCCGUCACCAAGUACACCAGCUCCAAACUGCUGCGUAAAGGCAACUACGCUCAGCGCGUCGGUGCCGGCGCCCCCGUCUACCUGGCGGCUGUGCUGGAGUAUCUGACCGCUGAGAUCCUGGAGCUGGCUGGAAACGCUGCCCGCGACAACAAGAAGACCCGCAUCAUCCCCCGUCACCUGCAGCUGGCUGUCCGCAACGACGAGGAGCUCAACAAGCUGCUGGGGGGGGUCACCAUCGCUCAGGGCGGCGUGCUGCCCAACAUCCAGGCGGUGCUGCUGCCGAAGAAGACCGAGAAGGCCGCCAAGGCCAAGCGCGAGCUCGCUCCCGGGGCGAGGCGGGGCUGCAGAGCAGAAUCCACCAAUCAGGAGCGGAGGUCUGGACCGCGUCACCGAGUCACAGCCUUUAAGAGCAGCGAGUCUCGCUUCUCCCAGCAUUAUUGUCCUGAUCCAGAACCAGUCGUCAUGGCCAGAACUAAGCAGACCGCUCGUAAGUCCACCGGAGGCAAAGCCCCCAGGAAGCAGCUGGCCACCAAGGCCGCCCGGAAGAGCGCCCCGGCCACCGGCGGAGUGAAGAAGCCUCACCGCUACAGGCCCGGUACCGUGGCUCUGAGGGAGAUCCGCCGCUACCAGAAGUCCACGGAGCUGCUGAUCCGCAAGCUGCCCUUCCAGCGGCUGGUGAGAGAAAUCGCUCAGGACUUCAAGACCGACCUGCGCUUCCAGAGCUCUGCCGUCAUGGCCCUGCAGGAGGCCAGCGAGGCUUACCUGGUGGGGCUGUUCGAGGACACCAACCUUGACAUUGUCAUAAACAUGAGCGGACGAGGAAAAGGAGGAAAGGGUCUCGGUAAAGGAGGCGCUAAGCGUCACCGUAAAGUCCUCCGUGACAACAUCCAGGGAAUCACCAAACCCGCCAUCCGCCGUCUGGCUCGCCGCGGGGGGGUGAAGCGUAUCUCCGGUCUGAUCUACGAGGAGACCCGCGGUGUGCUGAAGGUCUUCCUGGAGAACGUGAUCCGUGAUGCCGUCACCUACACCGAGCACGCAAAGAGGAAGACGGUGACCGCCAUGGAUGUGGUGUACGCGCUCAAGAGACAGGGACGCACCCUGUACGGAUUCGGGGGUUAA